UAUUAAAAAGCACACCCUAGCCAAUGAUGAGGUAUUACCAGAUCCUUAUACCUUAAAAAAAGACUGGCAAAACGAUCCAAAGUAUUUACCAGAUAUAACAUUUGGAGAUAUCCAUAUGUACUUAGUGAAAAGUCCUAGUAGUGGUAUCACUCACGAGUCGAUGAAGGCUUUUAAAUCAUUGGAUUCAUACAACUUUUUUUUAUGUGGUCAUGUACAAGACGUCUAUUAUCAUAACAUUGAUGCAAAAAGCGAAUUUUGUUACAUUAAAACAGAGGUUUUACCAAGUCAAAGACAAGGCCAAAAACAAAAACUAUAUGAAGUAUGGGUUGCAUUACAUAAGAAGGGUGGCUGGGUCCUUACUGCAAACUGCACAUGCAUGGCCGGACUUGGUUCAGCAUGCAGCCAUGUUGGGGCUCUAUUAUUUAAGAUGCAAGCCGGUGCAUUAUUAGGAAUAAACAAAAUUGCAUGUACAAGUAAACUUUGCGCUUGGAGACGAUUCGCAGAACCAGCUCUUAUGACUGAGAUAGACUUCAGCAGACCAAAUCAGAAGCAAACAGUACCCAAAGAAAAAAAAGUUGUGUCGGAUAGAAUGAAGAAGCCUUUUUCUUUCAGGGAUCCCACACAUUUAAAUAAUGAGUUUCAUAAACAAAAAUUAAAAGAACUUUAUACAGUAAAUCCAGAUGCUGCAAUUCUUACUAGCCUAUACGACAAUGAUCCAGAAGAUUUUACAGUUACCAAUAGUGAAACUGACACUGCUGACGAAACCGAAUUAAAUAGCAUUCCUGAACCUUUGACAAGCCUUUUUAAGCCACAAUUAAUUUCACACAUUCGUAGAAAUGUUGCAGUUGAGGAGGUAGCUAACAACAAUGAAGGUUUCCUUGAAGACAUGCUUAGCAGCGAUCUAGCUAGCUUAAAUACAACACAAGGUAUAUACAGUAAAGCAACAAACAUAAAUUUAUUGAAAAAGGUCAAUUGGUUUGACCAUAGUGGCCAUUUAGUUGUCAAUGAGUUUGGAGGGACCCGUUUCGUGAAAACCGAAACUGCAAAAAAAGCGAAGCAAACACUGCAAUCAUGUUUUCUUGAAGCAAAAACUCAAAACACUUCAGCUAACUUGUUUCUGAUUAAAAAUAAAACUCUUAUCCUUGAUUUCGGUCCAAGAUUGUUUUGCAUAAAUUAUAGCAAUACGGUGUUCUCGGCGGUCCGCAUGCAAUUCUUAACAAAAUGA